UUGGCGGGCUCGGAAGAGCGGCGGCCGGCGGGAAGAGGGCUGCAGCAGGGAGCCCGCGCAGGCGGCUCUCCUCCCGCCAUGCCUGCCGAGGGGGAGAUGCCGAGGGCCACAGCCGCCGGCCUGGAGUCCGGCGAGCCGCAGUACCUGCGGCAGGUCCGGCACAUCCUGCAGCACGGCCACCGAAAGGAGGAUCGCACCGGCACCGGCACCAUCUCCGUCUUCGGCAUGCAGGCGCGCUACAGCCUGAGAGAUCAGUUUCCCCUGCUAACAACAAAGAGGGUUUUCUGGAAAGGAGUACUGGAGGAGCUGCUGUGGUUCGUCAAGGGUUCUACAAAUGCCAAAGAACUCUCUGCUAAGGGUGUGAAGAUUUGGGAUGCUAAUGGAUCACGUGAAUUCCUGGAUAAGCAGGGUUUUAGCACCAGAGAGGAGGGGGACUUGGGACCAGUUUAUGGAUUCCAGUGGAGGCACUUUGGAGCAGAAUACAAAGAUAUGCAUACAGAUUACUCCAACCAAGGAAUUGAUCAGUUGCAAAAAGUGAUUGAAACCAUCAAAACCAAUCCAGAUGACAGGAGAAUCAUUAUGUGUGCUUGGAAUCCCAAAGAUAUUUCUCUGAUGGCUUUGCCACCAUGCCAUGCCCUUUGCCAGUUCUAUGUUCUAAAUGGUGAAUUGUCUUGCCAACUCUAUCAGAGGUCUGGAGAUAUGGGACUAGGAGUGCCAUUCAAUAUUGCCAGCUAUUCGCUGCUCACAUACAUGAUUGCCCAUGUCACAGGGCUAAAGCCUGCAGAGUUCAUACAUACAUUAGGAGAUGCUCACAUAUAUCUGAAUCAUGUGGAACCACUGAAAGUUCAACUGCAGAGGGAGCCAAGACCUUUCCCCAAGCUCACAAUUCUUCGUAAGGUUGAAGACAUCACUGACUUUAAGGCAGAAGACUUUCAAAUUGAAGAUUAUAAUCCUCACCCACCUAUUAAAAUGGAGAUGGCUGUUUAAUGCUAUAAACCAGCUUCUAUUAAUGUGGAAAUGUACUUGACCUACUUAGCUUUCGCUAAAGUUUUUGGGUUUUUAUAUACUUCAAGUUACAUACUUUAUUAUUGAAAAAGAAACAGAUACUAAUAGAUACUAGUAGAUACUAGUAGACCAGCAGUGUCUUCAGUACUAAAUUGUAGUCCUACAGAACAGAUGAUUGUUUAUUCCUGCUGUACUAUGCAGAUGCAAACCCAGUUUUAAGUUGUUAGUGAGAUAGUUUUCUACACGUUGUUUCAGUUACCAGUGGCCACUUGUGUUGCCAGUUAGUUACUCUGUGUGUGCAGCACUUGCUCUAUAUAGUACUGAAAAUAACUUCACCUAUGAUAGAGGAUUCCUUCAAGGUUGUAGAAGUCUUUAUGUUCUAAAGAGUUUAUGGUUAAUAAAGCUUUUAAAAAUA